AUAAUAUUUAAUUAUGGAACCAACCAGCCAACCUAUUCAAAACAACAGCGCCUCGGAUGAUAAUGAAGAGUUUUUCGAUGAAGAUGAAUUCCACUCUUUUGAAGAUUGACACCAGAUGGAUUUGAGCAAGGCUCAAAGUACUGAAAGUGACUGCGAUGAAUUUAAAGAUGCCAAAUCUGUUAGGGAAGAAGAAAAUGAGAGGUAUGAAGAUAUUGCAGUCAAGAAAUCAAAUAGUGACAAGAAGCUGCCAUGUAUUAAGAAUAAUUCUGCCAAAUAUCAUGAGGAUGAAGUAUUGCAGGAUGAACUUCGACAUCUCAGUGCUACAUUAAUAAAUCGACAGAAGUCACUUCCGAAUGGACUUAAAUAAGCGCACUUUUACCGUGAUCAAGAGAGAACAAAACGAGGAGGACUACCUAGAUUUUCGGCCUUGUAAUGAAGAACCUGAUCAAGCAAUUACCAAACUAGAUAGUUUCCAGUCUUGCCGAGAUUUCGAUACAGCUGAAAUGGACCAAAUCUUGCUUGAAAAUCAAGAAGAAAUCGAGCAAAACUCUAAGGAAGAAGAAAGUCCAGCGGCCUUUAAUUUUGAAAGAAAUUUACAAUUUGAUUAUAAACCAAAUCAAAGUGCAAGGAGGACAAUUGAUUCUGCUAAUUUGAUUGAAUUUUCCAGAGAGCAGCAUGAGGAAACUAAAGUUGGAAAAAGCGCAAGGUAUAGCCCUCAUAAUAAGUCAGGAUCAACUCAACAUACAAGUGGCUACCAGAACGAUUCAAAGACCUUAAGCUUUGCUAGUUCCAGUGUCAAUAAGAAUGUUAGUUGUAGGAAUAAAUCCACUAAAGCAGGCGUCUCUAAGUUGAAACUCCCUCAAAUAGCAGAGGAAUAUAAUGAUUAUUGUAGAGAUGCAACUUUUACAAGCUAUUUAGGCAAGUUAAAUUCUCAUGACAAUGAUGAUGAGGAAAGCAAAACCUUUAGGAGCCACUCAAUGAUAUCAAUGGCUCCUUCUAAAGCUUCAGAUGGGAUAAUCAUUCCGACUAAGAAGAGCAAGAAGACUGAUACUUCAGAAUCAUUGCUAGAAACUCUGAGAUAUGUGCAAUGAAUUCAGUUCAGCAAACUUCCUACCUUAGUAAUGAAGUUCAGUGAGGACUUCAAGUAUUUAGCAACAGGAGGCCAAGAUUGAAUCCUUAGGAUUUGGGAAGUCCUUCAUCCCAGUGACUUUCAGAAUCAUUUGGUUCUGCUAAAAAGUGAACCAUUUAAGGAAUUCAAACAGCAUAAGAAAAGUAUUGUUGAUAUUUCGUGGCAUACUACAAACACAAAGUUUGUACUCUCAGCUAGCCUGGACAAAACCGUGAUAAUGUGGAACUGUGAGAAGGCAAUGCCAAGCCAAAUCUAUACCCAUUCUGAUAUUAUAACUUCUGUCUGCUUCAAGCCUAAUGAGGAUGUAUUUGCAACAGGGUCUUUUGACAAAAAUCUCAGACUUUGGAGCAUUAAACAUAAGAGAGUCAUCAGUUGGGUAGCUCAGAAGAAUGUGGUCUCCUCCGUCCAGUUCUCUCCAGAUGGAGAGAGACUUCUCUCAGGAACCAUGAAUGGGAUGUGAACAGUCUUCAAUACCAAGAUGAAUAAUUUGGAUAGCUUGGCCACUAUUAAUUGUAAAAAUCGAAAAGGCUUUUUCUCGAAGGGUAGGAAAGUAGUGGACAUUAAAUUCACCCGUGAUCGAGAAGCACUAGUUACGACUGCUGACAGUAGGAUUCGGUAUCUUGACAUCAAUCAUUCGGACCAGAAGUUCAAAUAUAAAGGACAUACUAAUAAAACUAUGGGCAUUAGAGCUAGCAUCAGUGGAAAUCUUAACUUAAUCAUGAGUGCUUCAGAAGAUGGAAAGAUAUACAUUUGGAAGAAUGUUGAAGUAGCAAAACCUAACUCUAGCUCAUCCUCAAAGCUAAAAGACCGUAGUAGCCAGUUUGAAACUUUUAUCCCUUCUGUAGAUAAAGAGGAUGCUCCCAGUCAUCAUCUCAAAAAGGAUACUAAAAGCAAGGGGUCAAAGCCAGUUUGAGCUAUUUUCGCUCCUCUAGAAAUAGUCACCAAAGCUAACUCUAAGCUGUGGAAGUGAGGUAUUGAAACUCGAGGGAUCAAGCAAAUCAUUUUAGUAGGUACUCUUGACGGGAAGUUAAAAAUAUUCCAUUCUGAGGUACCUUUACAACUUUAG